CACUCACACAGUCACUCAACACACUCCCAGCUCCCAGCCAACCCCGCCAUGGCCGCCUCCACCAUGUCUGUCUGCUCCGACGCCUGCACCAACUCCUCCUGGCAGGUGGACGACUGCCCAGAGAGCUGCUGUGAGCCUACCUGCUGUGCCCCCAGCUGCUGCCAGCCCAGCUGCUGCCAGCCCAGCUGCUGCCAGCCCAGCUGCUGCCAGCCCAGCUGCUGCCAGUCCAGCUGCUGUGCCCCAGCCCCCUGCAUUACUCUUGUCUGUACCCCAGUGAGCUGUGUGUCCAGCCCCUGCUGCCAAUCUGCCUGCAGCAGCUGCUGCACACCCUCGUGCUGCCAGCAGUCUAGCUGCCAGCCAGCUUGCUGCACUUCCUCCCCUUGCCAACCGUCCUGCUGUGUGCCCGUCUGCUGCACACCUGUCUGCUGCAAGCCAGUCUGCUGUGUCUCCAUCUGCUCUCCCUGCCAGCCAUCCUGCUGUGUGCCAGUCUGCUGCAAGCCAGUCUGCUGUGAGCCAGUCUGCUGUGGGGCUUCCCCCUCAUGCUGCUGACUGUCUAGCUGUGAGCCUGAUUGCCACCUGUCUGCCCCGACCCAUAGUCCUGUUGGGUGUUCUGGGCCCACCCGUCCUUACCCUUCCUCCACCAGUCCAGCCAGGUCUGGAGCCUAAGUGUCCCCCAGCUACUCUCCUGCCUCAGCUCCUGGAAGUGCUGGCUGCUCCACCUCACCCACUCCCAAUCUGGCUGGCUUGAUCCUGCUAUGUGCUGUGUUACUCUUGGCCUCUGAGCACCAAUAAAACCUCUUCUGUCCCAUUCCA